AAAUAAAUAAAAGAACAAAAAAAAAAUUAAAAAAAAAACAAUGUCACCGCCUUUAAAACUCCAGUUCUUUCAAAUAUUCUAGUUCAUGGAUAUGUGCGUUAAAAGUUUGAACAACAACAAUAUGAAUAAUAAAAUGAAAGCAAAGACUUAAUUUCUUAAGUUUUCACGUUAGAGGAAUAAAGCCACGGAUCUGAACAUCCGGUAGAUGUGAGAACUAUAAUUUGUACUGCUGCUUUUCGGCGUGCAACUACUCUUCCAGCAGACUAAUAUCUCGAUAAAUCUUUUAAUAAAAAAGAAUAAUUUGUUAGUGAAUUUAUAUAAAAAUGAUAUUCAUCUACAUUUUAACGAUAAAAACUCAGUUAUUUUGUCUGUGCAAUCGGAAACGCUAAAGGAAGCGUUACUUUAGUCUGACAUGAAUUUAAUUGUGUAUAGAGGGUGUCUAGUUAUGUAACACCUACCACCUUUCGGGAUACUGUGGAUUUGGAACGCGUGUAGUUCCCAUAAAUCAGCGCGAAGUUUAUUCAUCAAGCACCGCGAAAUCCCUUAAACUGUGGCACAGAACAGAAGCGGAGGGCAAAACUUUCACACUUAAAAAAUACAAAAAAAAUAAAAAUAUACAUCGGCAAGGAAAUAGAAAAGGAAGCAUUUCAAUUAGCUCAUAAAAUACCCCACAGCAUCUACUGGACUUUUACAGAACUCUCCGCUCUAUCCACCACCGCCAACGAAAUUUGUAUUGGUUUCGCAGCUGGCGCUAACUGGCCGCGUAGAUUUGUCGACAUGUGCGCGAAAUGCGUUGCACACACAACUGUCAUUAAAUGACAAAUGCUUGACAGCAUCAAUCAGAGUCGAUUCGAAUUACAAAAACAACAAAAAGAGCAACUCAACCAAUUAUCCAGUUUACGGCCACAAGUGGCAAUUAAAGUCAAGCAGAAGAGCGAGAAAGAAGCGAAGAGAUCUUGCGUCUGGUGUAGCGGAAAAGCGGUCGUCAAGUGUACUGGUGACGGCAUGGCCAUUAGCCGGGGGCGCGGCAAUCGCACGCACUCUUGGCUUCUACUCAAAGACUCGGUGAUAUUUGUAUUGGUGAUGUGUGUGUUGCAGCUACUGCAAGCGCAGGCAUUGCACAAACUGGUGAUAAGCGCAGAGAUGUUGCACGGAGAUGGGCGAAGGCCUACAGCCUUUACCACAGCUGAGAGCAAUGCACUGAAUGCCGUAGAACGCGAAGUGAAGCAGUUGGUAGAAAAAAUAUUUGUAAGCGAGAAUUUAAUAGAGGAAACCAAAGAAACGGUUGAGCAGAUAGCAACCGUGGGCUCAAAGCCAGCGAGUGCCAGCAACAGUAUUAGUAUUAGUAAAAAUAGUAGUAGCAGUAGCAGUAGCAGUGUAAAUAGCGGUAGUAAUCACAGUUAUAACAUAAGCAACAAUAACAAUAUAAACAACACACAGUCACCAUUGGAAACCUCCACCAAUGCAACCUUCACGCCAAUGAGCUCCAAUCAAUCAAGUGACAAACCGAGUGGUAAAUCGCUGGCGUUAAAUGGAAGUGCCACUCAGGGAGUGAGCAACAGCAUCAACAAUAGCAACAGCUCCUCUCCGCAAUCUGAUACAGAAGACCUCAAUACAAUCGGUGGUAAUGCCACUGGCAGCAAACAAACGAAACGCAUCGCCAUCAGUAUGCCGGAGCACAUUCGCGAGAAUGUCGUGCUGCCUUCCGUUGAUCCAGAAAAGGAGGCGCAAUUGCUUUACGAGCAAACACUGCAGGAGUAUCAUGACAGUGUGCAGGCAGCCAGCGCAAGCAGUACACCAUCGGCAGCAUCCGCUGAUAAGCCAUCCUCACUUAAUAGUGGACUUGCAACACCAUCAGCCAGCGCCUCAGCAGAUCGGGAGCCGCGCACGCUGCAUGGCGUUUGUGAAGUGUGGACGCAGAAGCAUUGCCAUUGCACAGGCUCUUUGGAGCGGCUAUCGUUGAGCUGUCGCGGUAUUGGCAUUGUGGCGGUGCCGGUGGAGCUGCCAGGCGAUGUUGUCACGCUAGAUUUGGGCAACAACAACAUAACAACUUUUGAGGCUAAUACAUUUUUUAUGGUAUCAAACCUUGAGGAAUUAACCUUAUCCGACAAUAGCAUCAUUAAUAUUGAUCCGAAUGCAUUUUAUGGACUUGGGAAAUUGAAACGUUUGAAUUUACAAAAUUGUGGCCUUAAAUCAUUGCCAGCGCACGCGUUUCAAGGAUUGAAAAGUUUAAUUUCACUCCAGCUGAAUGGCAACGCCUUAGCCAGCAUGGACACGGACAGCCUGCAGCAUCUGCCAAAAUUGCGCACUCUACGCCUCGAGGGUAAUCUAUUCUAUCGGAUACCGACAAACGCUUUGGCUGGAUUAAAAACACUCGAAGCACUAAACCUUGGCAGCAACCUUUUGACAAUAAUCAACGAUGACGAUUUUCCACGCAUGCCAAAUUUAAUCGUGCUCCUUUUGAAGCGGAAUCAAAUAAUGAAAAUCUCUUCUGGCGCAUUUGCAAAUCUAACAGCUUUAAAAGUUUUAGAACUGGAUGACAAUUUAAUCAACAGCUUACCGGAGGGAUUAAAUAAGUUAUCGCAUUUACAGGAAUUAUCUGUUACCAGCAAUCGCCUGCGUUGGAUAAACGAAACGGAUUUGCCCAGAAAUUUGCAGACGCUAGACUUUCGUGCGAAUCCGCUGUCGUUAAUUAUGCCGAAGGCCCUACGCGGUAUGACGAGGUUACGUAAAUUAAUUCUUUCCGAUGUGCGCUCACUCAAAGUGUUUCCCGAUCUCGAAGGCUGUUUCUCAUUAGAGAUAAUAAAACUGGAUCGUGCCGGUAUUAAAGAAGUGCCCCCAAAUCUAUGUCGUCAAACGCCAAGACUGAAAAGCUUAGAGCUUAAGACUAAUUCCUUAGUGCGCAUUCCCAACUUAGCUAAUUGCAGAGAAUUAAGACUGUUAGAUCUUUCUAGUAAUUACAUUGAAUCGCUUAGUGGACGCCCUUUCGUCGGCUUGAAGCAACUUCACGAUUUAGUGCUCUCCUACAAUCGCAUCAAGGCGAUACCACAGGACGCUUUCUUCGGCAUUCCGCGCCUACAAUUGCUAGACUUGGAAGGCAAUGAGAUCACCUCAAUACACAAGGAAGCCUUUACGCCAUUCUCCAAAUUGGAAGACUUAAAUUUGGGCAAUAAUAUUUUUCCCGAACUGCCAUCGGCCGGCUUGAAUAAGUUGCUGCACCUAAAGACCUUCAAUAACCCAAAACUUCGUGAUUUCCCAGCGCCAGACACAUUUCCGCGUAUACAAACGCUCAUACUUUCAUACGCCUAUCACUGCUGUCCCUUCAUACCGUUGGUUGCAAUGUCAGCUACAAAGAAACCACCAUUGGUACAGGAGGCGGUGCUCUUUCCAUCCGACUCCGAAUUCGACAUGAGCUUGUGGAACAACAGCAUGAUGGACAUAUGGCCGCAGUUACAAAAUCUCAGUAAAAAGUUUGGAAACCAAAUGCACGAUAUCUGGGAUAACUUUGGUCAGGAUUUCAAUUAUCCAGGCAAUAUUCCCACCUACGUCGAGGAAUACUUCGAGGAGGAUGGCACAGGCACCACGACUAGUUCAGCUGGUGUGGCCAGCAGUUUUGCCGGUUUUAGCACGGGCCUCUUCGGCACUAUAGAUACCGACAUAGCACCUGGCUCCAUACAAUGCCUACCUAUGCCUGGUCCUUUCCUGCCCUGCGCUGACCUUUUCGAUUGGUGGACUUUGCGCUGUGGCGUUUGGGUGGUCUUCCUGCUAGCUCUGUUGGGUAAUGGCACUGUCGUUAUAGUGCUGAUGUUCUCGCGUUCCAAAAUGGAUGUGCCGCGUUUUCUGGUGUGCAAUCUGGCUGCAGCUGAUUUCUUCAUGGGCAUCUAUCUUGGCAUACUUGCUAUUGUGGAUGCCUCCACAUUGGGAGAAUUUCGCAUGUUCGCCAUUCCCUGGCAGAUGUCGCUGAUGUGUCAGUUCGCCGGGUUUUUGGCAGUGCUCUCAUCGGAGUUAUCGGUGUACACAUUGGCGGUGAUUACUUUGGAACGCAAUUACGCCAUAACCCACGCAAUACAUUUGAACAAGCGGCUGUCCUUGCGUCAAGCCGCAUACAUCAUGGCCGUUGGAUGGACGUUUGCGCUGAUCAUGGCCGCCUUACCUCUGGCAGGUGUUUCAGAUUAUCGCAAGUUUGCCGUUUGCUUACCAUUCGAGACGACCACUGGUGUAGCCAGUUUGACUUAUGUCAUUGCGCUUAUGUUUAUCAAUGGAUGUGCAUUUGUGACACUUAUGGGCUGCUAUCUAAAGAUGUAUUGGGCCAUACGUGGCUCACAGGCCUGGAAUACCAAUGAUUCGCGCAUUGCAAAACGUAUGGCACUACUUGUUUUCACAGAUUUCCUUUGUUGGUCGCCCAUUGCUUUCUUCUCCAUAACUGCCAUCUUUGGACUGCAACUGAUCUCGCUGGAGCAAGCCAAGAUAUUCACGGUAUUCGUGCUGCCAUUGAACUCCUGCUGCAAUCCCUUUCUGUAUGCUAUCAUGACAAAACAGUUCAAGAAGGAUUGCAUCACCCUUUGCAAACAUUUCGAGGAAACGCGCGUAACGCGUGGUGGCGCUGCUGCUGCUGGCACAACACUGCCGGGUGGACUCGGUCGUCGAGGUGGUGUGCGCGUGCCUAAAGAACUGCCACCUUUGCUACCCGCAGCACAUCCGCCCGGCUGCCGCUGUUUGCGCAUGAUGCCAAACGAGAUGCCCAAUUGGCACAAGCUACAAGAGCGUGAGCGCGUGCACAACACAUGGACAAGAAGUACAUGGCAUCGCCUGACCAACUGUUGUCACUGCGCGGAUGCGGACGAUGGCGAUGACGACGAUAUGUUGACACAGGGGACGCGUCAUCUCGGUGGUCGUCGUCAACGUAAGACGCAUAAGGCAAAUAAUCGUCAUACGCGUACGCGUUCGCACAAUGCCAAUACUGAUCCAUACCUCUACCAAUUUGCUGAGCUGAAACAGAAGCAGAAGCAGACACGCGCCAGUUCGAUAUCGAGUGAAAACUUCUGCUCGUCGCGUUCAUCUAGUUGGCGGAAUGGUCCACCGUCGGCGGGCGCCAUGCCGCACACGUGCAAUAUACCUCUCAAGAUGAUGGAUCCAAAUCGUAGAAGGCAUUCAGCGUGGUUGAUAACGCGAAAAACGUCACAAGAUUCCAAUUUAUCGAGCUCUCGAAACGACAGUUCAGCUUCGGCGACAACGGCAAGCACUUCAACGUUCCGUUUAUCGCGUUCAAGUGCGGGCAGCACGACACCGCUACCGUCAAUAAUGGCUCAUAGCAGCAAAUCGCAGCAACAACAACUACAGCAGCACUCCACUCUACCUUCUAAACCCCGUCUUGUGCGCCAGGAGGCAGUACAAGAGGAAGAAGACUCAUCGCCACCGCGUCUUGGCGUGCGAUUUUUGCCCACCAUCCCAUCGGCGGCCGAUAGUUCCAUAGUUAUGGAUGAUGGCGAUUCAGCUAUGAAUGUAGCCAGUGUGCUGGGUAUGCCGCUGCCAGGCGCGGCGAGCGGUUUCUACACCGUACUGCAUGCGCAGAGUGGCGGCGCUGCGAAAACGCUGCUCACCUCAGCGACUAGUCCGCAAUUCGACAAUUUGACAAAAGAAGAACAUCCACCAUGACACUUUUUUGGUUGGGCUGACGAUGAUCAGCAAAAGCAAAAACAAAAACGGAAACCACCAAAAAGUGAUAACAUAAAAAGUUGUAUUAGUGAGGCAUUUCUUUGACGGGCGUUCAGUAUUCAUAUGUAUGUAAUAUGAAUAUUACAUAAGUAGUCAAUUUGUACAGUAGUUGAUAAAGUGAAUGCUUGCAAAUGUGUGAAUGUAUGCAGAUUAUUGCAGAAGUGCUUAAGAAAGUUUGAAAAGAAAAAAAGAAAAUCUUUCGUAAGAUUGUACAAAUAAAUAAUUGCGUUAAGAAAUGUAUGUCCAUGUAUAUGUAUGUAGUUGUAUGUGUAUAUGUGUGUGUGUAUGGAAACGUGUUAUAGGAAAUAAGUAUUUAUUGUAUGAAAAUGAGUAAAUAUAUACAGCUUCAUGGCAUCAGUGUGAAAUAAUGGAAAGUAUAGUAUGGAAUCUUUUUUUCGUAGUUGUAAUUAAUUUUUUAUACAAUUGUACAAGAAACGAAUUUAACCCUUUGCUGCCCUGAGAGUGGUUACAAUUAGCACUGCUUUAAUUUUUAAAAUUUUCCAACUGCUUUUAUUAAGCGGAAAAUAUAAAUGAAGAUCUGUAACUACAGGUAUUUACAAGUAAAUUCUUCUAGAUAUUAUUUUCACCAAGCACUUCUUUCACCAUCUUUCUUCCUUCACUUUCUCCCUUAGUAUGUCUUGUGGUCUCAACCUGCUAUAGCCAAAGGUCUUCUAGAUUCUCUACAAAGUCUUCUAGAUUCUCUUCUACAUUCUUUCACUCCAGGGAACAAACGCGCUAAGCUUCAACACGAAAUGAAAAACAAGCAUAGAGAACAAAAAUCUUAAAUCAUGACUCUACCAGCGCAUAUUCGCUCGCCCUUCAUAGCGACAAUUCGAAUUUUCACGAUUUGAAGGAGUGACUCUGGGUUGCACAAUGAUUCUAACGAUGAUUUAUAAAGGAUAUAGCCUGUUUGAUAUGGCUUUAUAUGCCAUGAACCUCAUCACUGAACUCAAUCUGAAGUGGCAGACGAUAAAUUUUCCUUUCGAAUUUAUAUAUUUAUAAUUUGUAAAAAUAGCUGAAAUCGCCUCAAAGAUUAAGCGCGCUGCAACAAAUGGAAAAUACGAAUUAGUUUUCUUAUGGGAAUGAUUCCGACUUGAUGUCGCAUAUUUCAAGCGCGCCCUUUGCGGUUCAUGCGGUUCAAGUCGUCUUAAAAGUCAAGGCCGCAAGUCUGGCGGGCAGAUGUCAUUAAGAAAAACUAAAUGUUCAACACUUACAAUGUUAUAUAAACAUGACGCUACAUAUUUGCUUUGAAUCACUAAGAGAGAAGUAAAUCCGAAAAGGUAUAUUUGAUCUGCCUAGCUGGUACUCACAUCAGAGAAAUCUCAUCGCAAAAGGUUCAAAUUUUUUCCGGCUUUAAUUAAAUGUAUAUGAAGAGUUAAUUCAUAAAGCGAAUUAGUAAUGGGACUACUGUAGAGUCACCGCGUCUACAUAUAUUUUGGUGCUAGCGCUUUGCUGGAGUGGUACUUUUCCCUGAUUUGCUGUAUGUAUUUGAAUAGAACUCGAAGAGUUAUGGGAAUCCCAUUUAGGAUUUUUUUCAUUAAAAAUUACCAAAACAGCCAUUUUUUUCUUUUUCUAUUUAUUUUUUUGCACAAACAUUUUUAUUUUUGCUAAGACCAGUUUUUUAAGUAUGUUUUAUCUCAACAAAAAUUUGUGAAAAAUGGCAAAAUAACUGAAAUUUCCGAAUUUCCAAGCCAAAGUUCUGAGCAACAACUAUUUUUUAAAACAUUUUUUUUUAGUAUUCUAUAAAAUUAUUAUUUUUUUUGUAAAAAAUAGAGUAUAUUUCACUUCAAACAUUUUCAACAGUGAAUAAAUCUUAAAACUCAAAAAUUUUUUUAAAAAUUGUUUUAGUUUACUUCUUACAGGGAGAUUCAAUAAGGUCACAGAUUUACUCUUAUGAAUAAAACACCGAUUGUGUGUUUUGCCGAGUUUCUCCUCCUAUUUGCGGUAUCUUGAUGUUGUACUAUCUUGAUGUUGUACUAUGACAUUUAUAUUUACCUGAAUUAUAAAUAGUGACACAUUUUUCUACUUCCAGUGAUCUGGAAACAAAGGACGCGCAUAUCAAACUUUUUGUCAUAGUUUUGGGUUAUAUGUCAUUCAUAACGUGUAUAACUUCGUUCUUUAGCUCCGGAACCUUUUCGGGCUUAUUGGCAUAGAAAAAAGUCUUAUGGCGUUAAAUUUCAAGAGUUUGGCGGCCUUUUGACUUCGUUAUUUCGUGAGAUAAUGCGUCCUGGGAGCUCCGUUGCCAUUGUUUCGAGUGUUGUGUGGCAAGUGGCACCGUCCUGUUGAAACACAUACUGUCCAAGUCCAUGCCAUCUGAUUCAGGUCAUAGAAAGGUCAAUUCAGGACAUUGCUAUCAUAUUACGAUAGCGUUCAAUAUAUACCGAUGGUGCGAUGUCUUCGCUAGUCAAAAAACCAUAUCAAACUGUGGCUGGUUGUGAGUGCAGUUGAUUAUUGAAUGACUUGACUUGACUAUCAAAUAAUUAUUAUCUUGAGGAUGUCCUUUGAAGGGUCUAUACAGUUCAAUUCAAUGUCUCGAAUUCUCAGCGUGGACGGAGGCAAGCUAUGUAGUGGUUAUUCAUCUAAUACAGUUUUUCAUCUGCAGCCAUCUUCAGUCAUAUUCAGAUACAUUUACACUUUCCUGAUACUCAAUAGCUCGUAGUUACUUGCAUUCAAUUAGACGUACAUACAUAGAUAUCGCUCAUUUGCUGUAAGAGAGCCGACAAAUAACAAAAAAAAAAAGGUAUGCAGGAAUAACCUCGAAAUGAAGCGAUACCUAUUCUGCGUAACCCAGAAGAUGAAAUUUUGCUUAAAGAGGCAUGAUGAAUUUAAAAUAAAAAAAUAAAACUUGGAAGCUUUUUCUCUAAGUUUUAGUUUUUUUGUUCGUCGAUACUCUUGCAACAAGUGAGCGGUAAUUAAAUUAAAAAAAAUCAGUGGAAUAUUUAUAACAAACUAUGCAAAUCUAAACAUGUUUUUCUUGUCCACUCUUAUACUUAUUUUCUCCCCCAAAAAAUUAAGUUUAUAAAAAUACUCAGUUCCAUGUGUUAAUGCACCCCAUUUUCGAAGCUUUGUUCAGAUGUUGUAUGUAUUUUAGUAUUAAGUAUGAAUGUAAUUAUGUUAAAAAAUAUUAAUUCUAAUGUGAUAACAUUUCU